ACGAGCGGAAGUGGCGUCCCCGGACGCUUUAGGGAAGGUAGCCGCGGAACAGACUGAGACCCGGGCCGUUGGUGGACCGCGUAGGCCUCCCUAGGCCGCCAUGAACCGGCUCCAGGAUGACUACGAUCCCUACGCGGUGGAAGAGCCGAGUGACGAGGAGCCGGCUCUGAGCAGUUCUGAAGAUGAAGUCGACGUGCUAUUACAUGGAACUCCUGACCAAAAACGAAAACUCCUCAGGGAAUGUCUUACUGGGGAAAGUGAGUCAUCAAGUGAAGACGAGUUUGAGAAAGAAAUGGAAGCCGAGUUAAACUCCACCAUGAAAACAAUGGAGGAUCAGUUAUCCUCUAUGGGGACAGGGUCUUCCUCGGGAGUUGGGCGUGUUGGAGGAGUCACAGCAAAGUACUAUGAUGACAUUUAUUUUGAUUCCGAUUCUGAGGAUGAAGACAAAGGCACACAAGUGACCAAGAAGAAGAAGAAACAGCGCAGGAUCCCAACAAAUGAUGAGUUACUGUAUGAUCCUGAGAAAGACAACAGAGACCAAGCCUGGGUUGAUGCGCAGAGAAAGGGUUAUCAUGCCUGUGGCCUGCGGAGACCACAUCAGAAGCAGCAGCCGGUUCCCAACAGUGACGCUGUUCUGAAUUGCCCUGCCUGCAUGACCACCCUGUGCCUUGACUGCCAGAGGCAUGAGUCCUACAAGACUCAGUACAGAGCGAUGUUCGUGAUGAAUUGCUCUGUCAACAGAGAGGAGGUUCUAAGAUACAAGAACCCAGGAAACAGGAAGAAAAAGCGGGGCGCUAAGAAGAUGAGGUCGAGCCCCGAAGGUCCUGUGGAGACAGACGUGGAGGAAGUCUAUCACCCUGUCAUGUGCACAGAGUGUUCUACUGAAGUGGCGGUCUAUGACAAGGAUGAGGUCUUCCACUUUUUCAAUGUGUUAGCGAGCCAUUCCUGAGGAGCGACAGGUAACUGACUCCACAGCCCUGUGUGAAGCACAUACGGACUCUUCCCUAUCAUAUCACUCAGUGACAUUGGUUAUUAAAGCAGUAUUUCAUCGUUAUGAAAGAAUGGUCAUCAACCCUUAUCUCUUCUCCCUUUUUUCUUUUUAAUUUUCCCAUGAGUAAUGACGGACUGAUUAUUUUCACUUUUGGUGCAUCUUUUUGGUUUUUCGAGACAGGGUUUCUCUGUGGUUUUGGAGCCUGUCCUGGAACUAGCUCUUGUAGACCAGGCUGGUCUCGAACUCACUGAGAUCUGCCUGCCUCUGCCUCCCGAGUGCUGGGAUUAAAGGUGUGCACCACCACCGCCCGGCAUUGGUGCAUCUUUGGAGACUUUGGGGCUUUUGAUUUAUUAGAUUAGCUUCCGAGAAUUAAAUAGUUCUGGAAUAAGUAUCUGUUUCCUAGUGUUUGGUCCAUUUUCUACUGCUAUAGCAAAGUACUAGAGGUUGAUGCUUUGUAAAGAAAUGAGUUUCAGGGAUUGUCAGGGAUUGUCCCUGGAUCCCUCAGUGGAAGAAAAGUAUGACUCUCAAGAUUUCCUGUGACUGACCCAGACAUGCAUGCCUACCUGUGCACAUGUGCAAAUACACACACACAGGACCUAAAAAGUGGAGGAGUGUUGAGAAUUUGGUGGGGUAGCAGACAGAAGUGGGGCCAGUAAGUAGGAAGAAAGUUCAGUGCCAUGCAUCUGAGAAUGCCAUGAUGAAACAAACCUGUUUUGUAUGUCAUGGGACAUUAAAUAAACUACUCUGAGGAACUGUUGUUUGUACCCUCUCACAGCGAGCAGUCUUGACACCAGACAUUCCCAAGGCUGUUUGGGCCAGGCGCACAGAACUAUGCCACAGUGCAGCUCGCUUUAAAUGGAGCACAAAAUACCUGUUUAAGGGGCUUAAACAGACCCAGUUGAAGUUAAUUGUUCCUUCUUCAGCUGGCUGAUUGUGUCAUGCUCUAUUGCUGUGUGAUGUGACCUCAGACAUAAAGAACAAUACACGUUCAUUGUCAUAUUUUUUUUGUGUCAGAAGCCUGGCUACAGUCAAGCAGUGCAUUCAACACGAGCUCACAGAGGCGAUAAGGAACCUGGUUGGGUAAUGCCUCUUGGAGACUUGGGUAGGCAAGUUCCUAUUCCCGGUGUCUCAGGCCAUUGGCAGAAUGUAUAUCCUUAUAGCCACGGGACUAAAAUGCCUACCCCCCCCCCCACCUUGCUGGUUGUCAGCCAGGAGGUAGUGAAGUCCCCCCACAUUGAUUAGCCAGGAGCUGCUCUCGGCUCCCAGAGGCUACCUCCCUCCAAAUGUAGAAAUACAUAAACUAUUAAAUAUCUCUCAUUAAUUGUUUUAUUUUUAUUUCGAAGAAACAUAUAUACACACACACACACUUUUAUAGUAUGUUUUUCUGUGUGGCAAAUGUUGACUAUGUUUUUUUUUUGUUUGUUUGUUUUCUUAGUUCCUAAUCUGAACUAGACACUCCUAGGAGUAGUUACUGCCUCAGGCUUUUGAAUCCUUACCAGAGAUUUGGAGCAGAAAGAACAGAUAAAAGAUGCUGUAAUUAGGGAAGCUGGACCCUGUUGUGAAACAGUGACCUGCACCCAUUUUUCUUUGUAAAUAAUUUUUGAGCGACUUCUUUUCAUUUUUGAUAUUUGACUAUCUCUGACUCACUGGUUUGCUCUGGUUUCUUAGCAGACAUGGGAAGUUUUUGUGUUUGUUUUGAUUUUUCCUUUACUGGGGAUUGUACCCAGGGCCUUAUGCAUGCCAGGAAGUGAUUUAUCACAGAGCUAUAACCUAGCCAACCAGAUACUGAUGCCAUGUUCUCCUGCCCCACCCCUGGGACAGCCAUGACAGGAGUGGGAAGGUGUUUCAUAAAUAGACCAUGGAGCAGCGUCUCUGGGACAGGCCUGGGACUGGUGUCCCAGCACUAGCCUUCUAGCUUGUCUGAAUGGGAAAGAGACGAAUAGGCACACCAUGCAGACAAAGGGGUAUUUAUUUAGUGGG